UAUUACGCUACUAUUAGUAUUAUGCUACUAUCAGUAUUACGCUACUAUCAGUAUUAUGCUACUAUCAGUAUUACUAUUGAUACUAUGCUACUAUCAGUAUUACAUUACUAUCAAUAUUAUGCUACUAUCAAUAUUAUGCUACUAUCAGUAUUAUGCUAUUAUCAGUAA